AGCGGAUAAAAGGAGAGGAAGGCUCAGAGGGGCUGGCUUGCUCUCUCCUGAUCUCCACCCUAGCUUAUCACAGCCGUUGUCGGGAGGAGAAGGAUAGAAUCCUGCUCAGGAGCCAUGUCCAGGUCGGUCAGUUUCAGCUCCCGCUCUGCGGCCGCCCCCGGGGGCAUCAGGCAGUACCGUGUCAGCACCGUCUCCUCCGGCCGCAACACGGGAGGGGGCUUCUGCCUGAGCAGGGCCGGGGGCUUUGGCAGCUCCAGUCUCUAUAACCUGGGCUCUGCCAACAAGAGGAUUUCCGCGGGCAGCGGGGCCAGCUCCUACAGCGUCCGCUCCGGCUAUGGGCUCGGUGCUGGAGCUGGGGCCGGCUACGGCCCCGCCGGCAUCCAAGAGGUGACCAUCAACCCGAGCCUGCUGACGCCCCUCAACCUGCAGAUCGACCCCGCCAUCCAGCAGGUGCGGAAGGAGGAGAAGGAGCAGAUCAAGAGCCUCAACAACAAAUUUGCCUCCUUCAUUGACAAGGUCCGGUUCCUGGAGCAGCAGAACAAAAUGCUGGAGACCAAGUGGAGCCUGCUUCAGGACCAGAAGGCCACCCGCAGCAACAUCGCCCCGCUCUUCGAGACCUACAUCGGCAACCUCCGGCGGCAGCUGGACGGGCUGAUGAACGACAAAGGGCGGCUGGAGGGGGAGCUGAAGAACAUGCAGGACCUGGUGGAGGAUUUCAAGAACAAGUACGAAGAUGAAAUCAACAAGCGCACGACGGCGGAAAACGACUUUGUCAUCCUCAAAAAGGAUGUGGACUCCGCCUACAUGAACAAGGUGGAGCUGGAAGCCAAAGUAGAUGCCUUGAUGGAUGAGAUCAACUUCCUGCGGUCUCUCUACGAAGCUGAGCUUCGUGAGCUGCAGACUCAGAUCUCUGAUACCUCUGUGGUCCUUUCCAUGGACAAUACCCGGACCCUGGAUCUGGACGGCAUCAUUGCUGAGGUCAAAGCACAGUAUGAGGACAUGGCCAAAAAGAGCCAAGUAGAAGCAGAGUCCAUGUACCAAAAGAAGUUCGAGUCGCUGCAGGCCACCGCGGGGCAACACGGGGAUGAACUGCGCAACACCAAGACCGAGAUCACAGAGCUUAACCGCAUGAUCCACAGACUGCAGGCUGAAAUCGACAACUUGAAAAACCAGGUGAGGAAACUCGAGUCAGACAUCGCCGAGGCGGAGGAGCGGGGCGAGCUGGCCCUCAAGGACGCCCGGGGGAAGCUGGCAGAGCUGGAGGCAGCCCUGAUCAAGGCCAAGCAGGACAUGGCCCGCCAGCUGCGGGAGUACCAGGAGCUGAUGAGCGUCAAGCUGGCCCUGGAUAUCGAGAUCGCCACCUACCGCAAGCUGCUGGAAGGGGAGGAGAGCAGGCUGUCUGGGGACCACGUUGGAAACGUCAGCGUCUCUAUGGUCAAUUCUAGCGCUGGAGGAGGCUACAGCGGUGCAGGCGGGUACGGCUUUGGAGGAGGACUUCACCUGGGAAGCGGAAUGGGCAGCAGCGGUCUCUCCUUCUCCUCCGGAGGCAGCCCUGGCGGCGUGACCGCAUACUCCAUGACCACCACCUCCUCCAGCAGAAGGAGCGUCAGGAAAUAGGCUCCGGAAACCAAGCUCGUCACUGCCGGAAUAUCAGUAAAAAAAAAUGCAAAGAAA